CUUUUCCUCUCUUCCUUUCCUCUCUCCUUAGGGACAGCCAUACCACGAUCACUUCUUCGUAGUUUCCGUCAUUGCUACGUUUUCCUUCCCUCUGUCUGUCCAAGAUCAAUCACAGAAACAAUACAGACUACAAGCACUUCUGGAUCGAAAACGCCGUCACGAUGGCCUCCCAUUCUCGCUCUCGAUCUCCCUUUCAAACACUACACACACUCAACGUCGAGCUGGCGUCCGCUCCGAUGGCAAUGAGAAUUCCUUUUCUUCCUUCUCUCGGCGGUCUUGACAUGAAUACUUGAGAGCGAACCAUUCUCCUCUGCCCUCCCCGGUCCUCCCUCGACAAGCCGGGCUAUUGCCCGCGACUAUCUUCCGUUCUGUUUCAGUGCCGAGUUCGAGUUGAUGAGGCCGACCUCAAUUCCAAUACCAGAUUUCGAUGCUCCUACACGUGUCACACGCGAUUUCAACCUCUCUCUUCUUGACCACAUUGCUACCAUCCUGUCAGCCGCUGGACUAUUAUGCAGUGUGUACCAUCAAGGGUCUGAUGAAAGCCCUAAUUACAACGUGUGGAACGCAACCUUGGAUGGCUCUGUUUCGGAAAAGCACAUUCAAGAUAGGUGUUACCCAUCGAUAAGUUUUGGGCGGCUCUCAACAACAGUUUCGAGCUACGUCGGGAUGCGUCAUGCGGGUACCAUAUACACAUGCCACUAUCAACGGGUCAAUACUCCGAUGGCCAACUCAGGGCCAUGGCCAAGGCCGUCACGUUUUGGGAGCCUGCGACCGCUCGAUGCGCACCCCGGUCUCGGCAAGACAAUAUACAGGGGUUUUGCAAGAGCAACAUUGCCAACACUAAUGCAGCAAAGCCUCUCACACGGUAUGGACCCCUACGGGGAUUGAUAUAUGCCUUUGAUUAUAUUGAUCAUGCCUCCCGAGAGUCGAUCAUACAGUAUGUCUGCCCCGACAAGUAUCAGGCAUGGAAUUCAAUCGUUAUCGACCAGGAGAGCAUCACCGACCUCGAGUGUGCUCCAGCAAUGCUCCUGGCGUCUGUCCUACACCCAAACCCCGUUCCCCCAGGCGAAAGAAAAGAUGUCUGCCAGGAAAUCACAAUACGUAUUUCGAUUAUAUUGACAGUAUCAAUGCCUGAGCGAGAGUUGAGCUACUCAGGAUGUCUACCCCUACAAAUAUCAAGAAUGGAUUCCUUGCUCGGUCUUUGUCGACCAGGAGGGCAUUGACAGUAUCGAGUUCCGGCAUGCUCCUUUGGCGUAGUCACUGCGGCUGCCUGCUAUCCAUUGGAUAGCUCGUACAGUUGGGUUUCUCGACAUGGCUAUACAACCAGGGUAAGCCCAGACUCUCCUUGGCUGCCAAUGUUCGAGAACUCUUCUGCUGUUGCAUACCCAAUCUGCGGAUGUCUGCUGUUGACGACAAGAUUUCUGGACAAAUCCUCUGCGGCCUACGCUAUCGAAUUAGGGAUGUCGAUUCUCUUAUAUCGGCCUGAAUGCUGGCCAGACAAUCCGGAAGAGCUUCAUUCUACUAUAACAAGAUCAAGCCUCAAGAUCUCGACCUGCCAAAGGACAUCCCAAGUAACCCGUAGGCGUUUGCGAAGGAGUCUUGGAAGUUUACAACCGGAGGGGGACGACGAUGCCGCGACUGGCCGACGUCUUGAAUGCAUAUGUGUACGACCUUUUCAGGGCAUGUUUACCGCCUUUUGUGGCCUGGCCGGGUUGGGGCUGGUAGGCGUCAGCCUUGGGCCCAACAUUUCAAGAUUUGACAUCGCCUAGCUGGUCACGGAGCACACACUCAACACAGACGGUCGAUUGACGUUGAGUUUGAAUAGGCUGGGUUGGAAUAGGACGCCCGGUCAAAUGGACCGGUAAGGUAGGUAGCUCAAGAGACUAUGUGUGGUGUCUUUGAUUUCAUUUCGUACGGAGCACGAGUAGCGAUACUCGUGUUAUUGUUUGGGGUUCAUAGGCAAGGAGAGGCAAGGACGUCAAAAGCUGUAAGUACUGAGAAAAAUCAAACUACUCGCUCAUCGAUAUCCUUCUGCUGCCGUAUGUGCCCUUCUCUUCGUGGCCGGCGCUAAACAUUACCAUUUUUGCAUUCUUUAAGUACACACCCAUACUCAUACCGCUACACAAGUCCAACUAUAAUAUAUUCAUAUCCAAAGGGUCCGAGAGGUCAUGAGGCGGUUUCCCGCAAUCGUAACCAAGGC